CUCAAUUUCAGCUGAGCCGAGAAAGAAGAGGUUUAAGUGACUGGCUGCGGCGCAACAGUCCACACAGGGAGCGCUCAACAGACAAUGCUGUCAGCCCCAGGAUGAUGCUGCCUUGGGUGGUAGCAUGGACGGCUUCACUAUUCCUCCUCUCCUGCCUCCAGAUCUCGGGUGCUGCUGCUUCUGGGGAGACUCUCUGGACCACAUCCGUGCCUGAGUUGCCUGCCCCUUCCUCUCCCAAUGAGACACAGCUGCCUAGUCCCAAAAAUGUCCGGUUUAAAGCCAUCAUUUUCCACCAUAUUCUCCACUGGGAACCAGGCCAGAAUCAGACCCAUAACAUCUCCUAUGAAGUCCAGUACAUGAGGUAUGGGGAAUCCUGGAAUCCUGUCCCCCACUGCAACAGGACCCCACAUCUCUCCUGUGAUCUGACCCUGCCAACCCUAGACCUUGAUGAAAAGAGCUACUAUGCCCGUGUAAGGGCUGUUGGUGGUCACCAGAUGUCUAACUGGACCAGAACGGAUACUCGACUCUCUAAAGAUGAUGUAAUUCUUAGGAUAGACCAGCUGAAGCUACAGUUGAGUGGCAACACUAUCCUGGGGAAAAUCCUGCCUGCUAGGCCCCCAGGGGCCAUUGGAAAUAUUUCCUAUGAAAGCCUCUUCAAACACUACCGGGAAUAUGAUCUUUCCAUCACCAUGGAGUCAGAAAAUCAUAAGGAAAGGGGAAUCCAAAGAAUGGAGCCCAUCCAGAUUUUCAGAAAGAUAAAAGGUGAAGAAUUUAACAUCUUGGUCACCGAAGGAAAGCUGGUCUGCAUCAGAGUGAAACCUGUCAUCAGGUCCCAGACUAACAAGGGACUGUGGUCAGAGUCGAAGUGCAUCACUAUAACUCAGCCAUAUCUCACAGUGACAACCAUCAGUGCCUUCUUUGCCUCCCUUCUGACAGUCUGCCUUGCUGUUGGCUACCUGAGUAUUCGACGCUACAUAAGAAAACCCAAGAAGCCACCUGAAGUCCUGGCCUCCCUUGCCAAACAAAAAUCCUGUGGCAUCCUGAGCAAAGAGAACUACAAAGUGAAACCAGAUACCAUCCACCCCCUUGAUGAGGCGACCUUCCCCAAGGUAUCCCUAGAGCUAAAGAACUCAGAGCUCCAUAGUAGCACGGACAGUGGCUUCAGCAGCACCAAACAGUCACUGCAGAGCGAGGAUCCUCAGUUCCUCCUCCCAGUCCUGGACCCCAUGACAGGUGGGCCCCAGGGAGGCGGUGGCCCUCAGCAGCCAAAGAGCAGCUCGGGCACCAGCAGCUCCAGCAGCUCCAGCAACGCCAGCACGGACAGUGGAAUUUAUCUGCACAACCUGAGCCCACAGUCAGGACAGGAAUGGAGGCAGCAGCCGGGGAGCAGUGACCAGGACCGAGAAGACAGUGGCAUUGGUCUACCCCAGAGCUCCACAGCAACUCCACUGGGCUCCUCUGAGGGCCUUCGGCACAAGAGGGCCUCCACAGCUCUGGAAGGUAGGAGCUCCACUCCCAAGCUUCCUGAGGAAGAGGCUGCAGCCAUUGUGGUCUUCCAAGGCUACCUUCAGCAGUCCAGAUGCACAGAUGGAAACCAGGAAGGGGCCUCUAGCCUAGGGGAGGACUCUUCCCCCGAAGGCAGCCCAGAAUACAAAUGCAGGAUGGAGAGGGAUGUGGAGUCAGGCUGGCCCCCACUGGCCCAGACUAAGGGCUAUCUAAAGCAGGGCCUUGGGGUCUUAGGGGCUUCGCGUGGGCAGUGGAUCGAGCCAACAGAGGAGUGGAGCCUCCUGAAUUUGGUCAACACUGCUGAACUGACAACAUGUGAAUGGAGCAACACACCUGACUUCCCUCUCCCGUACCUCCCCACAGCUCCCACUCCCCCCGGGAUCUUGAAUACAGAUCCCAUAACUCUGCCUUUGAUCUCCAGUUUACACACCAGUGAGUGAUUUGGGUUGCUCCUGAAUAAUAGCAGAGUUUCACUCAGCCCCAAACACUACAGUUGGUGUAGUACCAGAAUGGAGGGGGCCCAAGGGCACAGUGCUGGGGGCAGCAGACAAACAGUAAUAUAAGCUCACUCUUCUGCACAAUCAGGAACUACCUCAUCUGCCUUAGAGAUGGCUGGUCCAUGAUCAGCCCUGACAUGUGGAGAUGCUCUGGUGGGCACGGUCUGGGAGGGUGAGGAGAGUACAACAACGUGUUAACUGACAUGUCCCUGGGCCUACUGUCAGAGCCAGGGAUCUUGGGGACCUAGCAAGGACUGAGGGGAGCAGAGCAAGAAUGGCUCCUUGUGCCACCAAAACCCCCUUUAAAAUGGCUGCUCGAUCGUGUAAAGCAAAGGGUUUGGGAAGCUCUGUAGUGAGGUGCCUUUGCCUAAAGUCACCUCUGAUUUGGGCCUGAGGGGAAGGAAGAAGAAGGAGUAUGGACAGGGCUGCACUGGGGAGAUGGCUUUAGAGAAGAGUUUCUGUCCUCAGAGGUUUAGCUUGGGGAUAGAGAGGGACAGUUUCCACUAGGGACAGAGAGGGUGGAAGCUAGUCUUUGAUCUCAGGGACAGUCAGUGCUCAUGACUGGGAGGAAAAUCCCUGUGGGGCUUGGGGAAGAGGAGAAGUGACCAAAAGGAGAAGCCAGCAUAAAAGGUCUCUCUCUGAGGGGUUUUUCUCACCUGAUCCUUUCAAACCGUUACAGCUCAGAGCAAAGAGACAAUCAACUUGAAUCCUACUUAUGUUGUAUCCUACUCUGUUGACUAGCCUGAUACUUAACUUCUGUUGGCCUCAAUUUUCUAAUCUGUAAAAUGGGAGCAAUAA